AGCUGCGCACCGCUGUAGCUCACUCGGUUAACCCGUCCCGCGCUCGGUAGUGAGUUUUACGAGCCUCCGCCCGCAGGCGCGUCUCGUCCGCGUCGCGCUUUUAAAGUUCCCUCCGCGCGCGAGCCCCGCCCCUCUGCGCGCAAGCGGCCGCUCGUUGGCUGGGCGCAGCUCAUUUGCAUUGACGUCAUUCGAGGCUGUAGGUCAAUCCGUGCGCGUGCUUUUAUUGGAUCUGCUGCUGUCACAUUCGCGCCGCUGAUGUUCUCAACGCGCGUUGUUCUUCGUCAGGAAACUCGCGACGCGCAAACGCCUUUUCUUCUGUCAUCUGGCGGCCGUCCGUCCGCGUUCUUCGCCCGUCCGCGUGAAAGAGAGGCAGAAUCGUAGGCCCUUGAUUGACAGCUGCUGUGCAAUUCGGCUUUGGCGAGCUCCGCGUUGACGCGCCGCUCCGGAGUUUCAUCUAACGGCCCGUUUGAUGUCAUAGAUGCCGGAUCGCGCGCUCCGCGGCGCGUCCGGGCCACAUUUCAGCCUGUUGAUGGGGAGCGGAAUCAACGCGCCGGCUCGUUCCCAAUGACUGAGGCUGAGGGAGCAGAAAGAGAGGCCGUGCGGAGUGAUCGGGUGUGUUUGGCGCCUGUCGAAGGAGAAUAAACGCACGAACGCGCCGCACCGAUGGACGAAACCGUCGCGUGAACCGAGCCGGAGCCUGAAAUCCGCCAGAAACGAGGCGAAGUUCGUGCGCGGACCGACCGCGAGGAUGAGGAGUAACGGGCGCGAGUGAAGCGCAGAGGCGGCAGAGGCGGCGGCGGCGGCGGCGGCGGCGGGGGGAGCAACAUGACCAGAGUUUCUAUUUGAUCGAUAGACUCGAUAGAUCCGAUCGAUCCGAUCGUCUGGAUGAUCUGAGAGAGAAACAUUCCUAUUAGCGCAGUACGAGAGGAGCGUCGCGUGCGCGCGCGCGCGCGGGUGAAUGAUGGGCUGCGCCUCCAGCAUUCACAUCUCCGAUCGGGUGGUUUAUCACAGCGGGAAAGAGUCCGAGGACUCGCACUCGCCGCAGCAGAACUGCCCUCAGCCGGGCCACAUCAAGCCCAACAACGCCUGUCAGAGCACGUUAACGGAGGUGCAGUUUGGACCAAUGAAGCUCUAUGAAGAUCAGCUGCAGGUACUGUUAGUGUUUGCCAAAGACGACGCUCAGAGUAACAGCUUCUGCUGGGCGUGCGAACGCGCCGGUUUCAGGUGUAACGUGGCCCGAACGCCAGAAGCGGCGCUGGAGAGUUUCCAAGAGAAGAACCACGAUCUGAUCAUCAUCGAUCACAGACAUUCCAGAUACUUUGACGCCGAGGCGCUCUGUCGCUCAAUUCGAGCCAUCAGCUGCUCUCACAACACUGUGAUUGUGGCUGUAGUGAAAAGGCCGGAUCGUGAAGAAGCCACUGUGAUGCCGCUGAUAUCAGCAGGAUUUAACAGGCGAUAUGUGGAGAACUCCAACAUGAUGGCCUGUUAUAAUGAACUCAUCCAACUCCAUCAUGGAGAAAUACGAGCUCAGAUCAAACUCAGAGCCUGUAAUGCUGUUUUUACUGCACUGGAACAGAGUCAGGAAGCCAUUGAGAUCAGCAGUGAAGAUCAGAUCAUACAGUACGUCAAUCCAGCGUACGAGUGCAUCAUGGGAUACCAGCGAGGGGAACUGCUGAAGGAAAACACUGAAGUGCCUAAGAGUGAAAAAAACAAACCGGACCUGCUGGACAACAUCAGCUCCUGCAUCCGCAGAGGGAAAGAGUGGCAGGGGGUUUAUUAUGCCAAAAAGAAGAACGGAGACAGCGUGCAGCAGAAUGUGAAGAUGACGCCUGUCGUCGGACAGGGAGGUAAAAUCAGGCACUGUGUGUCUGUUAACAGGCCUUUAAAUGACCAUAACAAGACAGAAAAGUCCUGUGAGCGAGUCCAGGCCGAAUCACAGACAGAUAUUCAGCAGUCCAGCAAACAUAAGGACCGCAGGAAAGGAUCGCUGGACGUUCGCUCGACGACCUCUAGAGGAAGUGAUGCAGGAAGUUCUCAGAGGAGACACUCGUCUAUGGCCAGAAUCCACUCCAUGACGAUUGAAGCGCCCAUCACUAAGGUGAUAAACAUCAUCAAUGCGGCUCAGGAGAGCAGUCCGAUGCCGGUGGCCGAAGCGCUGGACCGUGUGCUGGAGAUCCUGCGGACGACAGAGUUGUAUUCUCCUCAGCUCGGUACUAAAGAGGAAGAUCCUCACACCAACGACCUGGUUGGCGGCCUGAUGACCGACGGACUGCGCAGGUUGUCGGGAAACGAGUACAUCUUCGCCACAAAACAGCUGCAUCACAUCCCAAGUCACCUGACCACACCACUGUCCCUUAACGAUAUCCCACCAUGCAUUGCUCAGACGAUGGAAAACGAAGACUCGUGGGACUUUGAUAUUUUCAAGCUGGAGUCAGCCACCAUGAAGCGGCCUUUAACGUUUCUGGGUCUGAAGAUCUUCUCGCGGUUCGGCGUCUGUGAGUUUCUGAGUUGUCCAGAGGCGACGCUUCGCUCCUGGCUGCAGAUCAUCGAGGCCAAUUAUCACUCCAGCAACUCCUACCACAACUCCACACACGCCGCAGACGUGCUGCACGCCACCGCCUACUUCCUGUGCAAGGAGCGCGUCAAGCAAAGUCUGGACCCCAUAGACGAGGUGGCGGCUCUGAUCGCGGCUACCGUGCACGACGUCGAUCAUCCUGGACGUACGAACUCCUUCCUGUGUAACGCAGGAAGUGAACUGGCCAUACUGUACAACGACACGGCCGUGCUGGAAAGCCACCACGCCGCGCUCGCCUUCCAGAUCACCACCCGAGACGACAAGUGCAACAUCUUCAAGAACAUGGAGAGGAACGAGUACCGCACGCUCCGGCAGGCCGUCAUAGACAUGGUCCUCGCCACUGAGAUGACCAAACACUUCGAACACGUCAACAAGUUUGUCAACAGCAUCAACAAACCGCUGGCAGCACUGGAGGAGAAUGGGGGUAAUGGUGAUGAGGACUCAGUGAAGAGCAUCCUGACGGCUCCAGAGAACCGGAUCCUGGUGAAGCGGAUGUUGAUCAAAUGUGCUGACAUCUCAAACCCCUGCAGGCCGCUGGAGCUGUGCAUCGAGUGGGCCGGACGCAUCUCAGAGGAGUAUUUCGCACAGACGGAUGAAGAGAAGCAGCAGGGUUUGCCGGUGGUGAUGCCCGUGUUUGAUCGCAACACCUGCAGCAUUCCCAAAUCCCAGAUCUCCUUCAUCGACUACUUCAUCACUGACAUGUUUGACGCCUGGGACGCGUUUGCCGAUCUGCCCAAUCUAAUGCAGCACCUGGACAACAACUUCAAAUACUGGAAGGGUUUGGACGAGAAGAAGCUGCGCAGCCUGCGCCCGUCGCCGGAGUGACGCUCACGCACGCGAGGAUGAGCGGAGCUAACGUUUGAAGGACGGACGGACGGACGGCGUCUCCUCCUGUGAAGAAACACUAGCGAUCGGCUCGACUGCGACAGAAACGCGCGUCUGUGGAGCGCUAUUUAUUUUGGUCCAGUUGUUUCUUGUUUUUUUUUCUUUUUUUUUUUCCUUUAUUAUUAAUAACUAAUGAUGAGAAUCACGUUAGCUAAUAAAUACCCUCCGAAUGAGAGAUGAUCUAAACGCCAAAGGUGAUUAACACGAAUGAUGAUGUUAUUUAAUAUCUGCAGACUCAGACAGGAAACGUCACGUUUUUAUUUUCGUACGUGGACGCGAGCAUCUGUGAAGACUUCGGGCCUUGGACGAUUUUCCUCCAGAGAUUUUUCUAUGUGGUCGAUCUACUGAUGAGACUGCUGCCUUAUUUUAUACGCUCUAUUUAUACGGCUCACGACGCCGGUGACCCGCGACGGACAUCUGCGGUUUUUAACACGCUCAUGUUAUAUGAAGUAAAUCUCAAUAUUUUUAUAGAUGAUCAAUUUUACACUGGAACGAUGUAAAGCAUCUCAGACUCCUCGGAGAGGGAUGAUCAUUCAUUCUUCAUGUUGUUUUUGUCUGCGCGUCGCCGUCUGCAGCGGAGCGUCCGUGAGGAUCGCCCGCCGUCAUCGCCGCGUCCGCCGGAUCCUCUCUGUCUCUCCAUCAGGGUUUUGUUUAUCGGAUUCAUUCUGCGUCUCUGGGCUCAGACGGACGGACGCUGCCGCUCGUUCGCAGCGAUUCACUCCAUCGCAAAGCCGAAUAUACGAGCGCCGGUGUGAUUUCUGACGGCGUCCCACCAGCACUUCAGAUUCGAUCAUCUUCCUCCGAAUCGGCGAGCGGACGCCGUCGUGAUGGAUGUCGGGGAAACGCGUCUGCGGCCUUCGGCCCGGGCCGCGCUUCGCUCCCAAAUUACGACAAAAAUGAGAUUAUAUUUUGUAUUUAGGACCAUUAUGAUUCUUUGCGUUGUGACGUUAUUUUCAUGAUGAAUUACCUCUUUAAAUUCCUCUUUAAAUUCUCAUCUGUAAUGUCAAAAGAAGUUAUUUAAAUUGUAAAGUAUUUCUACAUCAUUGUAGUAUUUGUUGUACUG